AUGAGCACAGCUCCUCACGAGAAUCGCAUCCAACUUGUCGACAACAGCGCCGUCCCCCCUGACUCAGAACCGACCAUGUCCGCACCAGAGGAGAAGGAAAACGUCCAAGCCCAGGACACCGAGGGCCAGGAGAAGCAAGGUACGUACAACCACGCUCGCAAGGCUGGGGCAUUCAUUCUUGCAGUAUCGUCGAAGGCUGACUGGAUUCCAAACCUCGCAGGUUCCUCCUGGGCGUCGAAGCCCCAACAACUCGGCGACAGCGCCGGCGACAAGAUCGAAGGAGCCCUCUCCCCCGUGGGCAAGUACGUGGGCCCCGGCCUGGAAAAGGUGGCAGGCCCCGUGGGCGGCGUGGUCGAUCCCGCCGUCGGUGGCAUCAUGAGAAUGGGCAAAGGCUGGGGCGACCAACUCGGCGUCGGCUACGGGAACCACGAAGGUGGCCCAGCCAAACAAGAGGAGGCCGAGGGACAGAGAAUGAAAGAGCCGUUUGGAGGCAAGGAGCAGAAUGCAGAUAAUCCGUUGGGCCUGUGA